GCUUCCUGAUUCACGGUGCGGUUUGUUAUUGAGCGGAGCGCCUUUAAAUGUGAAGGGAAAUGUUGACGGUCGGAGUUGAAGAAGUCGAGAAAGAAGAAGGCUUCGUUUUCGCCGUGGAGCCGCCGAGAUGUCAGCAGCUCACGAGCAGAGCAGGAAGCGCCGUCGCUUCAAGUCGUUCCUGAUCACCACCGACCUGCAGGUCCAGGAUGAUCUGGAAGGUCUCAUUGUGCUGAGGAGGGGCUUCAUCUGCCUGGAACAGGACCAGGGCAGGAUCAGGAGGGACGCCCUCUGGGUUAAGGUGUUGGACAACGGCCUCAUGGUAAAAAUAGAGAAGAAGUAUUUGCUGGAAGUCGCGGGUGACGUGGUCGGACUGGUGGAGCCCGUGCAGGACCUGGACGUUCGACUGGCCCUACUAGGUAACGUAGACGCCCUGCGACAGCUGGCGUCGCUCCCUCACGGCGCUCCGCUGUGGGUCCAGAUAGGCCCGCAGAACGAGCUGGCGGAGGCAGAACUCAAGUACGUCGGGCCGCUCAGCGGAGGGGGCAGCGCUGUGUAUUUUGGAGUGGAGCUAAAGGGUUCAGCCGCCGGCAAAGGCGCCGGCAGCGGUUCUUACAAGGGCGUCCGCUACUUCUCCUGCCCCGACGGCUGCGGCCUGUUCCUUCCCGUCAGCCACAUCCGCCUCCGCCGCUGGUCCAGCAACAGCAACGCGGACGCCCAGGAGAAGUCCAGGGACCAUCCGCGCCGCGGCAACCACGCCGCCAACGGCCACCGCAACAACCAGGAACGCUCCAACCACCCGCCGCGUCACAUCAGCUUCCACCGCCACCACGCCAAGUUCCAGCCGCAGGCGCAGGCCAUACUGUCGCGGACGGCGGAGUCGGCUCCCGUCGCCGUUCACAACAACGUGCGGCGCUCCGCGUCGCCGCCGCCGUUCCACCUCGACCAGAGAGUGAGCGUCAACCUGGACGGCGCUGUCCACGGAGGGGAGGUGCGCUUCUGUGGCGGGCUGCCUGGCCGCGCCUCAUCUGGGACGUAUGUGGGAGUCCUUCUGGACGCUCCUGUUGGUAACUGGGACGGGUUAUACAAGAACCAGAAGCUCUGCCACAUUCCCUCUCCUCUCUACGGACUCCUGCUUCCAGUCGCCAGUGUCUCUGCAGAACAAAAGCCCCCCCUCCCAAAUCUUCUUCCCCAACUUCCUAAAUCCAUUUUGAAGCCACCGUUGUCCCCCCUCGCCAAACCGGGCACGUCGCCUCCUGCUCCGGUUCCUGUUCCUGUUCCCGCUCCCAGGGCGGCCAUGUUGCCACCUCCCAGGCAAGCGGUCAAACCCCCUCCCCUUCCCCCUCCUAAACCCUCGCAGAAACCGUUCCCCGCUCGCCCCGUGCCCCCUCCAAAACCUCAAAACCUGUCGCCUGCAGCCGCCCCCACUGAGCAGCCGCAGCACGCCAACGGCUUCCACAGCCCCUUCUCGCCCCUGAGGUCGUCAGACGGCAACGAGCGCGAGGAGGAGGAGGCGGAGGAGAGGGGGGAGACGGGGCUGCAGACGGAGCUGGAGGUCGGGUCCAUGGUGGAGGUGAACAACCCGCCGCUCUUCGGGGUCAUCCGAUGGAUCGGUCACAUCAGCGGCGUCCAGGAGCCCGUGGCAGGAAUUGAGCUGGAACAGGAGCUGUCUGCUGGAACAGACGGCAGCUACCUCGGCGAACGCCACUUUCGCUGCCCCACCAACAAGGGGCUCUUCAUCAAGCUUCGCAACUGCAGGCGGGACUCCCGAUUCCCCGUGCCCGACAAGCCCGUUAAUCAAGUGGAGCGGUGCAACUCUAUAGCCUUUGCAGAUUGGGGCAGCGAGCGUGUGGACGAGCACACUCCCCCGGUGGAGGGGGCCGAGGCCAGGCAGCUCUAUGAAGGCCCCAAGAGAGGCAUCCAGGGUCACCUCAACUCCUGCUACCUGGACGCCACGCUGUUCAGUUUGUUCUCGUGCUGCAGCUCAGCAGACUGGGUGUUAUUUUGGCCGUCUGACGCUGCGGCGAGCCCGAGCUCCAAACAGGCUCAGGACCUGCUCCGCUGUGAGAUCGUCAACCCACUGCGAAGGAAUGGUUACGUGUGUGCCAGUAAGACCAUGGCUCUGAGGCGCCUGCUGGAAGCUGCAAACAGCAACGCAGGCUUCACCAACCAGGAGAAAGAUCCCGAAGAGUUCCUGAACAAGCUUUUCCAGCUCCUGAGAGUCGAGCCACUCCUAAAGAUUAGAUCAGUGACUCAGCAGGCUCAGGAGUGCCAUCUCUACCAGCUCUUUCCACCAACUCGCCCGUCCUCCCCCACCUCACCUGCGUCCCCCCUUGACUCCCCCAUCCCCAUCGCCUCGCCCGCGGCCAUGAGGGUCGCCAGCGUUCAGGCCCUGCUCGAGUCGUCCUUCCUGCACGGCGGCCUCAAGUUUGUCGAGGCUCCCUCCUGUCUACUACUGCUAAUGCCGCGGUUUGGGAAGGACUUCAAAAUGUUUGACGCCAUCUUGCCCACCCUCAGUCUGGAUAUCACAGACCUACUGGACGACACUCUCAGACAGUGUAGUAUCUGCCAGGCUGUAGCCGAGUGGGAGUGUGUGCAGUGCUACGGAGAUUUGGACAUCACUCCUGGACAACUUAAACAAUACUGCCAGACAUGCAACACACAGGUUCACAGUCACAGGAAGCGGACGUCCCACAACCCGGUGAAGAUCGCCGUUCCUCAGGGGCAGUGGUCGGGUCCUCUGCAUUACAAUCGCCAGCGGAUGUCUCUCUUUGCCGUCACGUGCAUCGAAACCAGCCAUUACGUGAGCUUCGUCAAGCACGGACCCCAGGCCUCCGACUGGUUGUUCUUCGACAGCAUGGCAGACCGAGACGGUGGUGAGAACGGCUUCAACAUCCCCCAGGUGAGGCCGUGUCCUGAGGUGGGCCGCUACCUGGGCCUGUCGCAGGAGGAGCUGAGCCGGGUGGACGCCUCCUCUUUGAGGGAGUCGGCCCGCAGGCUGCUCUGCGAUUCCUACAUGUGCCUGUACCACAGCCCGGAGCUCAGCCUCUACAAGUGAUGUGAAGAAAACCCAAGUUUUUUUUUUUUAAUUUGAUGCACUCACAAGACAUGAUGUAGCAGAUGAACUGGCCUUGUUCUCCCAUUAAACAGCAUCGACUCAUCUCUUGUGUUUUGGUGAAUGAAAUGUUGUUUUUGCCCUGUGGACAAAUAUGGCCGAGCCUUAACCGCUCAGGCCUUCUAUCUGUGUUUAAAACUGCGCCUCAAUAAUGUGCACGCACUGUACAGAACCACUGUGCCUCUCAUGUGACCUAUGUAUACUUAACAAUACAGUUUGCACUGCUCUAUAUGGUUGUCGGUAAAUCUGUAUAUAAUAUGAUUGCCUUAAACUGACAGCUAAGAUGCACAUACAUGUUUAACCUGAAUUCUUCUUGUACUGUUUAAAUAUUGCCACAGAAACUAUGGAAAAUGUUUCAAAUAAUAAAAGCUUUAGAUCUGA